AUGGGAAAAUUUUUCUCUUCGGAUCAUAUUGUGUUCGACUACACCCCGAUCCGCGGACCCAUUGGAGAACACUUUUGCGUCAAAGUGAGUGGUUCUUCAUCUGAAAGUUUGUUCCUUUUAUUUUAAAGAAAGUGAUCGAAACUUCGCCGCUCCCUCCGGCCUACGGGGAAAUCUACAGUGAUCGUGACGGCCAAACUUUGGUUGGUUUUUGCACAAACACUUAUAGAAAUAUAGUUUGUGUCCAGAUUGAGAUGACCAUCUGCAUUUCGCCGAUAGAUGAAUAUUUUGUCGACGGGUUUUGCAUUUUCGUGGACCGCGACUUCGGGCCCAUUGCAAUGGAAGAGGAGGUAUUUUUCAGUCAUCAACUUUUCAGCACACGCCAUGUUUGUAUUUUCUAAAAGAGUUUUCCGAAGCGCUGGAGAGAACUAUCAAAAAAUCUUUUUUUUUACUAAUCAUAAGCUGUUUCCAUCUUAGAAGUAGGUGCAUUUCUGUAAAUUUCAUUAAUGUUUCACGAUGUCGGUUUCUAGGUUCUGGAUGAGAACGACGGCCAAUACUACGACAAAAUGAAAAUUGUACAGCGGUUCCGAGGACAAAACCUUCUCGUAAAGAUCUCGCGGGGAAUUAGUCUCAUUCCGAGCCAGCUGUACGACUUGGACAAGCCAAGGAAACAAACUGAACAUCAUUUGAUGUUCCACGUGAAAGCGAUUGUGGGUCUAGAUAUACUUUGCCUUUUUUCUUUUUCCUUUCGAGACAAUAUUAAGAAAACCAUGAAAACUUGUCCGACAUGCGUGUCUCAUGAGAACAAUCUCGCAGGCAGCCGAGCACGUUUGGAGACCUCUUCCAACUCUCCCCUUCUUACCAUCCUACGAUGUACUUCUUCACGCCGUUCAAACUUUGAUGAGAAGCCAAAAAACUCGCCAACAUCUGGCUGAUGAGCACUCGGGAGUUUUCGCCCGGUUGAACAUGUACGAAGAAGUCACGGUGAGUUUUCGAUAAAAAUACUCAAAUUUAUUGGGCGUAAAAUGACUAUUCAAAAAUAAAAUUGUGAAAGAUUCUCGAUCAAGUGGUUGAUAAAUGUUGACUGAAAAUAAGUCUAGAACACUCUGAUUACGAAAAAAUUAAGAAACUGCAUUUUUCAAGUUUAGUUAUGACGCUUCAGGGUUACCAAACCCUUUUUCAGCAGUAUUACAUCUUUAAAGGGUUAUAACUUAACCGAAAAGCAAAAGUUGUGCUUAUUUCCAACCAGGGCGUUCCGAAAAACUUUGAAUGAUUUAUCUAUCACUUUUAUUAUUCGAAAAUAAAGGCAAUUUCAAAGUUAUGUUCCAGAAACCGAGAACAGCUGCAGAAGGUCAGCCAGCCUCUAGAAUGCGUCGUUUCUGAAAUUCAGUCCUUCUCGGUCACCUGAAAUUUUUUUUUCAGUUUAUCCUCAGCGGUUUCUAUUGUUCCAUUAAUUGCUCUUCCUUCAAUCUAAUGGAUUUUUUAUAUUUACGUGUCUGUCUGAUUAACAGAGAAACGGAAUUUUGAUCGAACUUUUCUAUUUUCUUUUCUUUUUUCAAGGAUUCACGCUGAACGUUUUUCAUUAUGAUCACUGAUGCUUUUUGUGUUUCAUGGAGCAGUUUCCAUGUACUUCUGGGGGUAAAUUGCUCAAAACUUUUCAUCACACUGCAUCAAAAAUUUAAAAUGUUGUUUUUUAUUGGUUGCAUUGUUAAAGUUCCGCGUUACAUUGUUUCCAAUCUUUUUUUUUGAAGCUUCAAGAUCUGUUGCAAGUUAAUUUUUGAAGAAACAGUUUUUUUCCGAUUAUUGGUUUCAUUGAAGCCAUCAUCAUCAUUCGCUUGCGAUUUCGUUGUGUGAAUGUUUCUUCUUGGAAUAAACUUUGACCCUAAUUCUCAUUGUGUUCGAGAAGAAGCGAAAAAAAUCCUCAAGCGGUAAAAGGAUUGAAGGAUCAAACGAAGAUUGGAAUAAACCCAACGGUCCUCAUUAGUGCCACGAAUCCACAUCAAACCCAUUCAUUUCAGAACGAAUAGAAAAUUCAAUUUAACCACACGAGAUACAAAAUAAAUGUUCUAUAACUCAGGUCCUAUUUUUGACAUAAAAUCGAUUUGACCGCAAAAGGAAAGAAAGUAAACAAACAACUAGAAUAUAUGAACAAGUGUGGAAAAAUCAAUAUAUCGGUGGCCGUCGCGAGAUGUGCGACAGAGCGCAUUCGUGCUCAAGGAUUCGAUAACGCGUGCAUCGAGGAGCUAACUUUGAAGGGUCUCCUCACAAAAAACAACCCGCGAGAAGAAGCGACAGAAAUCCUCAAGCGGUAAGAGAUCUGGAGGAUCAAACGAGAAUCGAAUAAGCCCAAAGGCUCUCUUUGAGCCCACGACUUCACCUCAAAGCGAUUGACUUCAGAACGGAUGAAUGUCUCAAUUUUGCUACACGAAAUAAUGUUUUUCUGAACCAAAUCCUAUUUUCGACAGAAAAAAAAAUGAAAGAGUGAGAAAAUCAGUUUCGGGUCUUUGUAACGGUAAAUGAAUGUGCUCCGGACGUAUAUGAGAAUUUCUAGGAGCCGCUUAAGGGUGCUGAAACUACUAUAGUAGUCUCUAAGAGUCCCCGACAAGUUCGAUUUGCUUCCGUUUCGCGGUACCAACGUCCGAGGCAGUUGACGGCCGUUGCGAGAUGA